CCAUAAUGCGUUUCUUUAUAGCCAACAUUUCCGCAUUGAAGGCAUGCAUUUACAGUAGCUAGCCAGUAACUUGCUUCGCCGUAUAAAAGCUUUACUAACAUUACAUUUCUGUGUAACCUGUUGAUAGCGGCAAUGAACAGUGAAGGUAUCAAGGCGAUAUUGCUCGACUUGGAUAACACGCUCAUUGACACAGCGGGUGCCGGUGGAGUGGCCAUUCAAAAAGUCACAGAGCUCUUGAAGACAACAUUAGACCAUGAACACGCCAUUGCCAUUUGUGACAGAUUUAAGCACAAGCUCCAUCACGAGACCUUUGACCCAGCUGGUGGUAGGACAAUAGAUGAGGUGCGGAUCAGUCACUGGGAAGAGAGCAUCCAGGAGGUUAUGGGUGGGAGUCCCAGCUCUAACCCCACCCUUGCCAUUGAGUGCUACUACCAGUGGAAGAACACUCGCCUGGAGCUUCUAACCAUAACACCUCCAGUACUUACCCUGCUGAAGCAGCUGAGGACCAGCCACAAACUGCUGCUGCUGACCAAUGGAGAGACCCAGACACAGAGGGAGAAGGUAGUGGCGUUAGGGUGUCAGGGGCUGUUUGAUGCUGUGGUGGUGGGGAGAGAGCAUGCAGAAGAGAAGCCAGCCCGCUCCAUCUUCACCCAUUGCUUUGGCCUGCUCAGGGUGCAGGCUCACGACUGCGUUAUGGUGGGAGACUCCCUGGACACAGACAUUGUCGGGGGGUUUAAUGCAGGGGUUAGAGCCACAGUGUGGAUUAAUAACAGAAGGGUGUGUCCACCUGAGGGAUCUGUCAAUCCAGACUACACCAUUCCCUCUGUGCUGGAUUUACCUGAGGUGCUGGCCAAGUUGAAGUGAAAGUACAGGGAACAAUGUCUAAACCAAUCACAUGAAGAUUGUUUCCAAAGGCCCAAGUUAAUGAAAACAUGAUUUCUUUGUAAAAGGGAUUGUAAAAAAAUCUAAAAUCAGCUUAUUUUCUUUCAUAUUCAUUCUGGAUGAAAGACAAAAUUACUUUACAGCAACCAAACAAUGAUUAGCUUACCUACCAAAAUUCUGUUUCAUUGUUCAUUGUCUGUACUCUCUAAUGCAGCUCAUGUAUAAUUCUGUCAUUUUAUGUUAUCUGUUGGUGGAGGUCGGUAUUACAUAUAGUUUAAUGGAAAUAAAAAGCUGAAGCCCUGUGCACAGCAGUGUCAAGGCGCUGGUUAGGUCCGAAACAACUGAGCCACUUGGAAGUGUCUUGAUUGUCAUUCCGAAAAAGUAACGUAAAGUCAAAACUCACUUUCCCUAGUGGUCACAUGAAUCAACUUUGUCUAAUACAUUUACAUUUUACAUUUAAGUCAUUUAGCAGACGCUCUUAUCCAGAGCGACUUACAAAUUGGUGCAUUCACCUUAUGACAUCCAGUGGAACAGCCACUUUACAAUAGUGCUUCUAAAUCUUUUAAGGGGGGGGGGGGGGUCAGAAGGAUUGCUUUAUCCUAUCCUAGGUAUUCCUUGAAGAGGUGGGGUUUCAGGUGUCUCCGGAAGGUGGUGAUUGACUCCGCUGUCCUGGCGUCGUGGGGGAGUUUGUUCCACCAUUGGGGUGCCAGAGCAGCGAACAGUUUUGACUAAUACACCAUCAAAGUGUAUUUUCUUACAGAAUGUCACUCUAAAUAGACUGAUUUACAGUAUUGUGUGCUGAUAAAUACUUUGAGGGAAAAUGUACUUGAUAUGAUUGUGAUGUGUUGUCUCACCUAGCCACCUUAAGAUGAAUGUACUAAUUCUAAGUCUCUCUGUAUAGAGCGUCUGCAAAAUGACAAAUGUUAUUUAUAUAUUAAACAGUUACUGUGCAAUAUGUUUACAA